GAUCCAGCCUCCCCUCUUCCUUCAGUCUGCCUGCUGUGGUCCUGCUGUGCGUCGCUCUGCUGUAGCACCAACAAGAGGAGGAGCUAAAGCUUUCGCAUCCUCAGGCACACACGCUCUGACAUCUCCCAUCAUCUCCUCUGCAUCCUCUCUGUAAAAAAAAAAAUCUAAAAAAAAAACUAAAAAACAAACAACACCCAGCCAGGCCUGUUCGGAGCAGGGGGAGCCCAGCCGUUCUAUCGCCCAUCAUGGAUGUACUGAUGAAAGGCUUCUCCAUGGCCAAGGAGGGGGUGGUCGCCGCCGCAGAGAAGACUAAAGCAGGCAUGGAGGAGGCAGCAGCCAAGACCAAGGAGGGGGUGAUGUAUGUAGGUAGUAAGACAAAAGAAGGAGUUGUGUCGUCAGUAAACACAGUGGCCAACAAGACUGUAGAUCAGACCACCAUCGUUGGAGACACAGCGGUUGCAGGGUCCAACGAAGUGUCACAGGCGACCAUCGAGGGAGUUGAGAAUGUCGCUGCGUCAACCGGGUUCAGCAGUCAGGAGGAGCCUAUUUACGAGGGAGACUACGGUGGAAUGGAGGGCAGGGAUGGAGGAGAGGGGUUUUAGCCGUCAUCUGUGGACCCUUUGCUUCCAUCACCUCGCUGUACCCGACUCCAGAUGUCCAACAUAUUUUUUUUGUGACUUUAUGGAACCAAAAUCAGAACAGACUCUUCCAGAUGCUGCACCUCAGCCACCCUCACCCCACGUCACGUCACACCGCCCGCUCUUUUCACCCCAUCAUGAAAGUUUCUGCAGCCUGUAGCUAACUGUGUGUCAGUGUAACCUGCAAUAAAACCUCGAUGUUGUCACCACCCUGCACCUGCCAAAACCAUGGAAAUAAUCUCAAACACAAACACACACGUUCACACAAUCCCAACGGAGACAAACCCUAACCGGGCGUAUAAAAAAACACACACCUACAUACAGAAAUUACCAGCGGAUCAAACAUAAAAGGAAUGAGUGAUUGCAGUUUAAAGUAUCAGUGUAAAUAAAGAAAAACCUGUUCCAGUUAAAAUCAAGUCGUGAAACUGAGGGGGUCUGCAUAAGAGGGUGUGUGUCUGUCUGUGUGUGUGUUCGUGCUCGCUUGUGUUGCUGCUGAUGUGUAAACUCAUUCUCCAGGGAAGAGCAGGGAAUCGUGCAUGGAGGACAGAUCUCACUCUGUUACUCGUGUUUUAGUUGCUGUAGAGUGCAUGAGCAGAUGUGUUGUAGAUCAGUUGUUCUGUGUAGCUAAGUCUGGCUUUGUUUGUGUGGGUGUAGUUGUGUGUGUGUGUUUGCCUCAGCACUUUAGACACAACAUUUUUAAUUCAUCUGAGCAGAGCUGUGAAGUGAUUUGAUGCAUUAGAGUUUGAGUGAGCUUUCAAACCUUUGUUGGUAACUUUGAGUGUGAAAAAGUGAAAGAAGAAAUAUCAGAAGGCGUUUAACAAUCCGAAAAAUUCAAAUCUAUAAUCUAUAUCAGAAUAAAUCCAACUGGCUUUGGGAGAAAAUGUCUAGAAUCAUCUGACUUGUUUCUAUGUAUUUCCCGACAAACUGCAGUUUAUGACAUAUUUGAUGUUCUGGUUUGAGGUGGAUCGGUUCAUAUUGGUCACUAUAAAAAAAUGUAUUUUUAUCAUUAAUCGGCCAUUCUGAGCACAUUUCAUUACCAAGGAGUUAAAUAAAGAAGCAGCAGCUUAAUGUAAAAAAUAAAAAGUCUGAUUUAUUCUCCGAGAACUGUAUAUUUAGACAAGUUUCAUGACAGGUUAACCAAAAAUCUAGUUUUUGGUGAAAGUUGGUAAAGGUUUUUGGUGUUCAAGUGGUUUUGUUGCUCAAACUAAAAAUUCUAAAAAAUAUCACCUAACUUGUAAAAAUUGUUUGUUCAAGUCGGCCUCUUAAAGCCCACGGGCCUUAAAUUCCUGUCUCAGACCACAAAUGGCCCACAAGCUUCACCAUGGGCAUCCCCGUGGGUUGGUAAACAUAUAUAUUGUUACUAAUUUUACUCUAUAUUUGUGCACAUUUUAGUGAGUUUGUCACGAUUACUGCAUGUAUUAGAAAGUCAACUAGAUUUUGGUUCACUAAGAGUUUAAAGUUAAUCUUUGGGUCAAAGGUUGACAUCUACUUAAUGUACUUUAAGGCCACAAGUUAUUUAACGUAGAACAAAAUGUGCAAAUUCACUGUUAGGAAUGAAGAUGCUUAUCUUUAACAGCAAGAUCCUAAAGUCUCUAUGCAAAUGUAGAAAAUUGCAGACUGUUAUCUGUGAUUUAUAAGAGGAAGGGUUUUAGCAUAUUAAUUAAUAUUUUAAAAAAUGUUUGGUUUGGUUCAGAUUUUGACUUUUAAAUAUGAAGCUUUCUGCAAAUCAGAUGCAUUUAUUUCUAGAGGAAUGAAGGUUUGGGUUUCAUCGCUCAUCGGUGUCUAUUUUACGUCUCAGCCAAUCAGAUUCCCUCUUUCGCUUCUAGAGCAUCAUGCCACCAUUCACUUCAGAUACAAUCUGUAUGGACAAUAUGUGUGUGUUCUAGAACAGGUUCAGCCAGCUGAAUUUUUACUUGGAGCCCAAUUAAAGCUGAUGACUGCAUGUUGCUUUAUGAAGAAAUGGCACUCAGACACAAACACACAACCCCUAUACUAACAUAUGCACACAUACCCAAAGUCGUGCACCAUGUUUUAAGUUGGCAUCAGCUCAGACUCGCUGAUUUUAUAAACAGUACCUGUGAAAAUAAAAAGGUUUUGUUGAAAUCCA